GCGGGGGGCCGGCGGCGGGGGGCCGGCGGCCGUCACGCCUUGCCAACGGCCGGGCAGCUCUAGGGGAGGCCCGUUGGCCGACGGCCUGAGCCCGCUCCCCUCCCGCCGGGCUGAGGGGCCCUGACGGCCGCCCGCUGUCCCCAGAGCCAAGCGGGCACUUGUGUGGGGUGGGCGGCGGUGGUGUCCGUUUCUGCUCUCUCCGUUCCAAGUGUGUGGAUUUAUGUGGGUCGUGCUGCUGUUGGCGUCCCUAAGGUGGUGGUCCUGCCCUGGUGGCUGCCCCUGUGUUCGCAGGUGCCUUCAAGCCGGAGGGGAGCCGAUGGAUCUGCUGCCGGAUGCAGCGCCCCUGGCCACCAAGCUGCGGAACACUCUGGUUCAGUACCACAGCAUCCCAGACAGCGAAUGGCGGGUCGCCAAGAGAACCAAAGAUGCGACUGUGUGGCGUAAACCAUCAGAGGAAUUCAGUGGAUACCUCUACAAAGCUCAAGGAGUGGUGGAAGAUGUUACUAACAGAAUAGUGGAUCAUAUUCGCCCUGGACCUUAUAGGCUAGACUGGGACAGCUUAAUGACUACAAUGGACAUCAUGGAAACCUUUGAAGAGAACUGCUGUGUGAUGCGCUACACCACUGCUGGCCAGCUCUGGAACAUCAUAGCACCAAGGGAGUUUGUUGAUUUCUCUUACACUACAAGCUAUGAAGACGGACUUCUAACAUGUGGUAUAAGCCUAGACUAUGGAGAGGUGAGACCUAACUUUGUCCGUGGAUUCAAUCAUCCUUGUGGUUGGUUCUGCGUCCCUCUUAAGGACUAUCCUAGCCACAGUCUUUUGACAGGCUAUAUUCAGACUGAACUGCGAGGGAUGCUACCACAAUCUGCUGUAGACACUGCCAUGUCUAGUACCCUGGCCAAUUUCUACUCUGACCUCAAAAAGGCACUGAAAACAGACAAACAGUGACGUGAAAGGCAGUGGGUUUCUUGCAAUCAAACGAUAUUGUUUAGCUUAGCAUAGGUUAGGUACUCAGUUAAAAAGUGAGUAACAUUGUUCCUGACUUUAUGUUGAAGGAUCCAGACAACUUUAUAAAGAACUUUUUGAUGUGAUACUUAGCCUACAUUCCAAAUUAUUGGUGUGAGAUUCUGUUUCCUUCUCAGCACUCUUCAGCUGUGUGAAGAGUAGUCUGAAUCUAUAAACUCCUGGCUUCCUAGGUAGAAAGCACAAGAUGUGUCUGUGGACUUGAAAAAUGCAGCAUGAAGUCAGCUCUCACCAACAGUAUUGAGAGUGGAGUGCUAGGGAUUUUUCUGGUGCAGGUCGCUGUACAGGCAGCAUCUCAUUGAAGAUGUAAUUUUGUAAUAUAUAUAUUUUUAUAUUUACUUAAAUUUUUUGAUUUAUUUAGUUUGUACAGGUGCAUCUAUAAUUUGUUUUUUAAAAAUUGCUUUGAUUUAUGGAUAUAAAUCAAAUAUAUAAAUCAAAUAAAAUAUGAUAGGGAUAUUACAUAGCUAAGGUGUUAAACGAUACUAUUCAUAAGAAAAUGAUUUGCUCUUGUUAGCAAAAAUAAGCAUUCAUUAGUAGCAUUUCUUCAGUGUUGUAAUUGUAACAAGUACUCAUUAUUGGCAUUUCUUCAGUGUUGUAAUUGUAACUUAAUUAACUGUUGUAUAUAACAGUCUCAGUGCAUAGAUAAAGAAAUGCCCUUACAGCUGAUCCAAAGCUCAUUUAAGUCAUUGGGUGUCUUUCCAUAGUUUUUAGUGGGCUUUUAAUCAUGCAGUUGUCAAAAUUGCAAACCUCCAAUGGAUCUUCUGUGAUACUCUGCAUUUCUAAAGAAUUUUUUACUUAAAUUUGCAUGUAAUUGUGUGUGGCUUGGGGUUUUUCUGUCUUAACUGAAAAUCCUGGAUUACUAAAGCAACAGAAAGGACCAGUAACUUGCUUCAGGUAUAUUGGUGUAGCCACAACAGCACAGACUGCCAGUGUGCUGGUACAGCACAGUAGAGUGUUCUGUGGUAAUGCCCCUACAUAGAUCUUUGCAAUAAAUUAAAUUAGCAUCUUAAAACAUGAGCAGCUGAAGGCCAAAACUCAAGCUGCAGAAUUGCUCAGAUCUGGUGGAGGAUGGAGGGUAAAUUUUUUAAGGAUAUUUAGCAGGUGCUAACAAAAGAUUGCUGUCUAUGCUGCUUGGAACCUGCAUUCUCUUUAAAGCCUGACAUUAAGCUUUUAAUGUUGGUAUGCGUCAUUUGCUCAAGUGAGAUUGUAAUUAUUCCUGUGUUUUACCAGUGCUACUAGAGGCCAAUUUAGCUGUGUUGUAGUUAGGGAAAGUACCUUGGAGCCCUAAUAUUUUGGGGCUAGUUGUAUACAUACAAUCCAAGGACUGGUUGUGAACUCUCAGGAAAAAAAAAAUUGAUGAAAAUGGUUGCCCUGUAAUGUUGGCUCUUUUGACACCAGCCACUGUAGCUGAACUCUGAACAGUGGGGACUUUUCUUUCUCAUUGCUCAGGCAAAGAAGUAGAAAAAACAUGACGCAGAAUAUAGCGAGAGCUCUUCCAUCAUGCUUCAUGUAUUAAGGCACUUAGUACUGUUUAAGACAGUUAAAAACAAUGGCAUCAAACAGCCUUUGGUGUCUUCAUAGACAGAAAAUGUCAUCUCCCUGUUAGGUUUUGUGUAUUCUGCAGUUCUCUCUGAACUCCUUGGUUACUCUUCCUAUCUUUUCUAUCUUCCUUGUUUCCCCCACAGUACUGGAAGUUCACAAGGUGAUUCUUCACCACUAAGGAAUGAGUGUCAGCAGACACCCUUUUUCCUAAAUGCUAGGGUCCACUCCUUUCUACUAGUGGUAUGGAGGCAAGUAUGAAAGCCCUAGCAAUACUGGUCUGUGGGAUGAAUCCUGACUUGAUUAUAGAGGGAGCUGUGUAAAGUGUACCCUAUUUAUUCUUCCCAAUUAUAAAGACUACAUCUAUAGUGAAUCUGCAUAUUUGUGUCUUCUUUUUUUAAAACUGCUGGGACUAACUAAUUGAGGGGUUGUGAUACAGAUGGAUAUAGAGAAAAAUAUUCCAUUGCUCUGUAAAAAGACCAGUUUAAAUCUACACAGAGGCACUUCAGUGCUGGAGAAAUGGGUCAAAAGGAGCACAAGAAACUUACAGGAUGAUGUUUGUACAACGCUAGGCACUGCAGAAAAGAUUGAGGUCUCUGUUCCAAACACCCAUUAUAAGGGCUUUAAAACACCUCUAGAGUAUCUCUCCUUAUUUAGUGUUCAGUGAAAUGGCUUUUUAUGCUUUCAGUGAAGAUAGGCUGAUGAAGCACAGAGCAGCUGAGGAAAGAAGAACUUGUGUUUAAAUGGAAGAACAUUGCUAGUUUAUUUUAAGUACGAUGAUGUUUUUAAUAAAAAAUUUCUCCGUGCAGGUUUCCUUUUUGUCAACAGAUUUGUUUUCAGUAACAGGCCUAGAAAUGGAAAGAUUUUGUGAAUGAGAGCAAAGUUUCUGAAAGGAAAGUAGGCCUUCUAUUUUGCAUUACAGUAAUUUUUUCCUUAAACACUGAUUAAACUUGCUUUGUGUCUUUUAACAGACAUAGCCUAUUGCUUUGCAAGUUAUUCUGAGCAGUCAAGUGAAUAACAGAGACUGUCAGAGACAGAACAGAACCAGAUUUUAUUUUAUUUUUAAAUCAAUAAAAGAGCAUAGUACAACUCUCCAGUUUUCAGAUGAGGAGAUAUCAUGGAAGGUGCUAACGAAUUUUAAGAAUUUAUUUUGUGGAAUCUCACAGUUCUAAAAAUUUUUCUGAUGUAGGAGUGCGGUGAUUGACAAUGUGUGCUGAUUAUGCUGCUGAAGCAAUGCAUAGCUGAUACCCCUUCAGUCAUUAUUCCAAGCAGUUCAGCUAUAGAGUAAUACAGAACUAGAAGAAGGAUGUCCAGUUUCAUAGUGUGUUGUAUUUAUUUGAAAUGAAAACCUACUUUCUUUUAUGUAUCUAAGGAUUGAGAGGAGUGUUAGAUUUUGAGCACAACUGUUCUUUAACCAGAGUACAUUCAGAACCAAGAAAGCCACAAAAUCAAGUAUUUAUCCGAUCGGAACCUCUUUUCCCACCAUGGUGUUGUUUUCCUUCUAAGUUAGUGGACAAUCUAGAUGGAGCCAGGACAGUAAAAACUGGAAAGCAGUUGAAAGGAUAAAGUGCAAGAGCCCAUAUUUUGCUUAUUAGCAGGUAGUGGGAGACAAAGUAAAUUACCUAGUAUAGAUUUCUGUCUUGCUCACAGAAGCAGAACUUCUGCAGGUUUGUGACAUUCGACAGUACUUAGGAGUGUUUCAGUUAAACUGGAAUAUAGUUAUCUGAAUGUGACUUCUGAACAAGGUGUCCAAGAAUAGCAGAGAACAGUUUUUGCUAGGGAAAUGGCAUGUAUAUAGACACAUCAAAAUUAUUUUUAUAUGACUAGUAUUUUUAAAAAAAAAAAAAUUUUCAGGGCUUUAGGCAAUAUGACAGUCUAAUUUUGGCACUUUAACUAGGUUCUCUAUGUGUGGAUGGGAAACGUGGCUGAAGAUAAGAUAAUUUUCAUGUUUGGCUUCUGUUCCUCAUCUAAACCCUCCAGCAUUAAACCUUGCUUGUAGUUGUGCUCCAUGUUUUACAUAUGCAGAAGACAGAAAUAGGGCUAAGUUCAAUUUGGGGGCAGUCUAAGGUACUCUACCACAGCCUUCUGGGAGGCAGACUGGUACUUCAGAUAGGUACUCUGGGAACCGCACAAGCCCUGAUCUCAAAUUUGAUGAAUAUAGAACCGUGAAACAUGCUGAAUUUAUAAAACAUAAAAAGAGUGCACAAUUCCUCCAGUAAUCAUAAAUAACCAGAACUGUUUUGAUGGUGUGACCUGGUGAUUCAGCCUAAGAGGUUCACUGCUGUAUCUAGUGAAACCAGUCAAGUCGUGCCCAUGUUCAGAAAGUCAGUCUAUCUUAACAGUGGUUUUAACUGAUUGUGUUCAGCACUUAAGAGAUUGUAUUUAUAUUUUGAAUGCAAUUGCAGAAUAAAUUAAAACAUGAAUUCCAACA